AACGGAAAAUAUUUGACAUUUCGAUUUUGAAAGUGAAGAAUGUACUUACCUAGCUAGCGUUUGUUGUUUUGGUUGCAUUUAAUUCUUAAUAUUUUCUCCCUAAAUCUAAUAAGCUCUAAAGAUUCAGUCUACCUAGUGUUUGUGAUAAUUGUGAGCGCAUUACAAUGGACUAAUAAUAAUUGUUGAAAAAAGUCGCGAAAUGGCUGCAAUUACUAUGCAAAAAGAUCUUGUUGUUGCUUUCAAAAAGGAAACAUAUCUGAAUGUGGGAAUUCUGAGCAAAUUACAGCCUAUGCCUGGUGAUUUAACGCGGCAAGUUUUCAAGGAAAAUGCCUUGGAAAAGCCCACACAGGCCGUUUUCAAUAACUUGUCGUAUUAUUUGGUGUGUAUCAUAGAUGCUAAAGCAUCAAGUGGUUUUUCCUGGCCUUUAUACGACACCAAGACUGAGAGAGCUUACAGGAAUGAAUUAUCCGGAUUCAUAAAUGAUUACAGCAGUAAAGGACUGUUAUCUCCUGUUAUGUCAUCAUAUUUGGUGAAUCCAUCAUGCUACAAAGUUACAAUGUUGAUAUUUCAGCUCUCUCAACUAGCUGUUCAGCGCGUUCUGUUGACCAAAAUGAAGAAAAACCGCCAAAGAGAGCUUUAUGAUGAUAUGACAGUCAAGUACAAGCAAAACAGAGAAGGUUUUAUGGAAAAUAUUGAGUUAGAGACUGAUUUUAUGUUAAGUAAAUUUUCCAACUAUUUACACAAGAGGAAGUCCAUGGAACAAAUUGCUGAAAUAUUGCGCGGUAAAAUUAAAGAAAUUGAAGCUAAAUUAGUGUCUUUAAAUUGCCAGAAAUACAUUGAUGAUUUGGUUGAUAAAUAUCUUGAAAAUCAUAAUAUCGAUCAGGCUUUUAAAGAUGAGAUAUUGAAAAUUAAGGAUAUUAAUAGUACACCUAAGAUUUUUGAUGAUUGGUUUGAUGUCAUGGAUAGAGAAAUGGAUAGGUUAGAGAGUGAGUGGGACAGAAGAAUUUCUCCAUUAUUGGAAAUGUCACGACAGUCGAGAGAGUGUACAGAAUUGUUGAUAAACAGGCAUACAGGUGAAGCAGAUAAAAGCUCAUAUACUAUUGAGUUUGAUCCUAACACUGAUGACAUUUGUACGAAGGAUCUACAGGAACAAGUGAAUAGCCAACAGAAAUAUAUUUUACGUAAUAUUAUUAAAGAGAACAAGUUGAGUUUUCCGAAUCUCAUACGCGGAUUUCUGAUAUCAAUUAGUUUUAUUCUGAAAAAUGCUGAGAUUGGGGAUGAAAUAUUCAAGUUCAAUGAGUAUUUGAACGGAGGCAGGAGGAGUUAUAAGGAAAUUGUGUCUUCGAUGAGGAUUCUGACUGAGAGGGUGUUCAGUGCUGAGGCUAGAUUGGAGCCAUCAUCUCUUCUGGUCAAUGAGUCUUUGUCAAUAAAGGAGCUUGCGGAGAUACCUCCCAUACCAGAUCUGUCAGAUUUAAAGGCCAACAGAGACCUGCACAGUCAAAUGUUAUUUGACACACUUACACCGUUCAGCGUAUCAAAGCACCAGUUCAACUUGCUGAGGAAAAAUUCAUACCUGCUUUCCAAAAACCAGCCAAAAUCAUUACUGUCAGGGUCUUUCCAACCACCCAGGGAUGAUUUCCUGAAAAGCCUUAUAUCCUGCCGUGUUAGCACCUAUGAUCAAUCUAACGCAAGCAAUAUUAACAACAUAUCCAUCAUUUCUCAAGUCACACAGAAAAACAAUGAAACCAUUGCUGAAUGCACAUCAGGCUUCACAAAGCAACAGAUUUUGAGGUUACUUUCAACUAAAAAAUCUAGCAGUUCAAAAAAAUUCAAAUAUAAAACCGAAAGGCCCAAUAUUAAUGUCAAAAGAGGUGGGUUAUUUAACGAGUCUAAUGUUUCCAAUGAAAGUUGUGGUUUGUUUCGAAGUCAUUCAUCACCAAAUCUCUACGAGAACAGAGAAAAGAGAUCUAUGCACAGAUUACAUAAACGUAAAUUGUCUAUAAUGCAGGAAGAUUCACCGUCUAUACUGGAAGUUUCUGGAAUAUCGCGGUUAGAGAAGGAAAACAGUUAUGGCACCCCUCAGAGUGGUAGUAACUCCGAUAAAUAUAAGAACUUCAAUAACCAUGAUACUACAAGCAUAACAGUGAUAACUAUGACGAAUGAAGCGGAAAAAAUGAUUACGAUAUUUAAUAAAAUCGAGUCCGAAUUGAAAGAGGUGGAAGACUUUUCGCCAGUGUUUGAAGAAGAAAGGAAAAGUGAAUUACAACAAGACUCUAAGUUGGAAACACCAAAAACAAAUCCGCAGUUGAUAAAAAAGACAAGUUCUUUGGAGAAGAUAAUAAAUAGAUUUAAAAAAAUCAAAGCUAACGUUGUUUCGGAAAUGAGUAGAGAAGAGGCUGAAUUUAAUACUAUAGUUGAAGAAAAAGAAAAUUAUAACACUGUUAAUGUUGAUGUGUUCACGGCGAAUAAAGUCUUAUUGCCAGAUCUGUUAAGUCCAAGUUGCAGUGUACUGUCAGCGAAGUCUGGUUAUUUGGAUCAAUUGUGUUUUGAUAUGGAUGAGACAGAUAAGAGAAAACCUAGGGAGAGUCUUGGCACAGCUUUAGGAGUUGAUCAAACAUUUUUGGAUCAAUUUGAUCUGAUUGAUUGAUUCAAAUUCUAUUGAGAUGUUACAAAAUACAUAUGUAUAUACAAAGGGGUAAUGCGGUAACUUGGGUAGAUUCUUUGUGCGAAGUUUGAAGUAAAUAUUAACUUUAAACUUUGCUUAAGUUGGCGUCCAAAGUACCGUCUUAUUAUAUACUAUCUUACCACUUCGUAUGUAUAUAUAGGUAUAUUUAGUAACAUUGUAUAUAAUCAUGUCUAUCACAUACAAGUUAUUUAUUAAAUGUUGAUGAAAUGUAUUUAAUAUUGCUUUUUCUUGUAAAAGAAUGGGUAUUUUAGAAUUCGAAGAGCUUCUUAUUCAAAUUUUAAACUAUAGAGUCCGCGCCACGAAAUAAGGAUGCGGCGCUACAGUCGCUGAUAAAAUUACGAGGCCCUUCUGAUAUUUAUAGUUCCACAAAUUUUCGUACGCAAUAUCGAUGGCCGUUUAUAAUAAUAUUGGUUUUCGUGGUGCGGACUAUAAGAGCCAUGCCUCAUUGUCGCACUUCGUCGCGACGACGCAGCACGUUGUAGCUCCAUUAUUUUCUAUAGGUUUUGACACUGACGCGAUUUGGUGUACGUCGAAACUUCAUAAAAUUUCUGCUGCUACAAUGGGGCAUAGUUUUUUUAUGCUUUUUUUUAAAACUAUUUCAGAUUAAUUGUGCCUUAAUUAUGACUAUAGGCUUUUAUAUUAUAUUCUGUGUAUUAUAAUAUUUUGCAUUGAAGUCUGAUUAGUAUUGUGUUCUUCAUAAUAAGUGUAUUAUAUGUUAUUAUAAUAAUAAGGACCUAGGUAAUGAAUUAGGCUCUGCUGGAUCAAUUAUAACUUACUUUCGUGUUUGGCUUGUCAAUAAAUCUUAUAUUUAAUAGA